AUGUCGGUAUCGAAGCAACAGCAGGAGAUCAUAGAUAAUGUGGUGUCGAGCUUUCUAAAGACUAACGAUACCCUAGCGAAACAGUACUUGAAGCUCAGACAGAAUGUGGUCAAUCUAUCAUCGAAGAUCACGAGCGAAAUUACAACCAGCGGAAAAAUCAACGCAGAACUACUAUUUGAACUCAAGAAAUUGGACGUUGAAUCGUCCCAGGUAUCCCAAGCUUACGAUAUUUAUUUGACUAGAUUAGUGGAUACCCUUAAGUAUGCAGAAACCUACAAACCGCUGUAUUUACUGAAAUUGGAGCAGCAGUACGUUGCAUUAACGGACGCAAAGGAUAGCUUUACCACAAACAUUGCAAUAAUAAGAGAUCAAAGCAAACCCGUUGUCGAAAAGAUGGCUAAAAUCGUCGCUUCUUUUGACAAGGGUAUCUCUUACAAACCUGGAAGUAGAGUACGGGGAGCAGACAUUCUCACUGGAAAAUCCAGCAAUCCUAACCCAGACAGCACACUUAUUGACUAUGCCUCCACUGUCUUCGAAAAAAAGACAUUCGAAGAAAUGUUUGUUGAUGUAGAUAAGAAACUUCGACAACUAAGAACAGUUGAUGAAAUCAACGAUGAAAGUUCAGAGGCGAAGUCAAACGAGCCAGCACCUUCGAUCAACAUCGGCAAAUACUUGGAUGAAACGCUUCAAAACAACAGAGCAUACUUGAGACUCUCGGACUCGAAAUAUUCGUACGACAUCACUCGGACCACCAGUGUUAACGUAGGAAGCACUUCGAUGAGCUUGGACGACUGUAAUACUGCUAUUGAGAGCCUCAUUAAGGAGAUCCAGGGUUUGGUUGAAGGAGGAGCUCUGGCCAAGGAGAGAUGGAUGAGCAAUGCCAGAAAGCUUGAGGUUGUUCAAACUGUGUUACAAAGUCUCGAGGAGACAGAAAUGGAGGUCGAUGGCUAG